AUGAGCUCCAGCAAAGAAUAUAUUCUCUCCAAGGAGAUGGCCUACGCACGUUGGAUAAAUGCGAACGGCAGUUCUCCACGUAACGGCUGCCAAUCUACUGUCAAAGUUUCACAUGACCAGCAACCCAGUUAUGAAUCAUUCGUCCUUGCGAAUGGCGAGAACAAGGUUGAGAUGGAGAUUGAUACACGUAUCCCAUCCUCUGCCAUCUUCACUUUCAAUAAGGAAGAUCAUACUCUUGGAAACCUAAUUCGCUCCCGCCUUCUCCAAAGCUCCCACGUGCUCUUUGCUGCGUACAAGGUUCCUCAUCCGCUUGUGCCAAAGUUCGAACUCCGUGUACAGACCGACGGUGAGAUUACCCCCAAGGAAGCCGUCAUUUCUGCGUGCCACGAACUCGUUCGAGACCUGGGAAUCUUGUCACGCGAAUUCACCAAGGAAUAUGAACUCCGCAAGAUGGUGGGAGCCACUCAGCAGCAACAGGAUAGUGUACAAGAUGGAGCCUAG